AGCUGGCUCCUAAAGUAUAAGAGAAUCGAACAUAUUUACCUCCAGCAUGUUACACAUUAAAAAAAGAUGAGAAACACCAAUUUUGUGAAACAUUGGCAAAGAUUAAGGUGCCAGAUGGUUUUUCAUCGAAUAUUCGAAAUUUGGUUUCCUUGAAAGAUUGUAGACUACAGGGUCUAAAGUCUCAUGACUGUCAUGUGUUAAUGCAACAAAUGCUUCCAAUAGCUAUUCGAGGCUUAUUAGAAAACCCCGUGAGAAAUGCUAUAAUCAGAAUGUGUUUCUUCUUUAAUGCCCUUUGCUCUAAAGUUAUUGACGUAUCAAAGUUGGAGGUUAUUCAAUUGGAAAUUGUGAAGACUUUGUGCUUGUUCGAACAAUAUUUUCCUCCAUCUUUCUUUGAUAUAAUGGUUCAUUUGGCAGUUCAUCUAGUUAGAGAAGUCACCUUGUGUGGGCCAGUUUGUUUUCGAUGGAUGUACCCUUUCGAGAGGUUGAUGAAAGUUUACAAGGGUUAUGUGCGAAAUCGAAGUCGUCAAGAGGGUUGUAUAGUUGAAUCUUAUAUAGCUGAAGAAGUAGUUGAAUUCUGUUCUGAGUAUAUGGUCAAUGUUGACUCAAUUGGAAUUCCAGUAAGGGCAAGAGAGGGAGUUGUAGAAAAUAAGGGUAUCAACAAUGGAAAACCUACUUUAAUGGAAAAAGAAGAUUGGGAGGUUGCUCAUCAAAAUGUCUUGGAGAAUACAGAUGAGGUUCAACCUUAUAUAGAAGAACAUUUGCAACAUCUAAAUAAGGAAAAUCGAACAAAAUCUAGAAAGCAGAUUCAAGAUGAGCAUCAUCGUACCUUUUGACAUUGGUUUCUUAAUAAGAUUCAGAAAGAGUUGACCGAUGAGUUGCAUGAAGUUACCGAAACUUUGAGAUGGCUUUCAUUAGGUCCGACUCGAUUGGCAAUUAAGCACGAUGUGUUUAUAAUUAAUGGUUGUAGGUUCAACACUAAAGCUCGUGAUGAUGUUAGGGUCACCCAAAAUAGUGGUGUAAGUAUUGUAGCUCAAACCUUGCAAGUCUCUAGUGCACGUGACAAGAACCCUAUAUAUGGUGAGAUGAAAUUUUAUGGUGUCAUUCAAGAAAUAUGGGAGCUUGAUUAUCGUGAAUUUAGGAUGCCGAUGUUCAAGUGUGAUUGGGUAGACAGCAAAAGUGGUGUAGAGAAAGAAAAGUUAGGUUUCAUUAAAGUUGAUUUGAAUAAAAUAGGACAUAAAAAAGACUCAUUUAUAAUGGCAAGUCAAGCUAAACAAUUGUUUUAUGUUGAGGAUCCUACUUCAUCAAGAUGGUCAAUAGUGCUUGCUUCACAACCAAGAGACAAAGUGCAUGAUGACGAUCAACAACAUGACUUUGGUGAAUUACAAACUUCAGAAAAAGAGUGUGGUUUUAUCCCUGAGUUUGAGGGAGUUGAAGCAAUUGUUGGGCCAUAUGUACGAAAAGAUGGUGAUGGAAUUUGGAUAGAUCAUGGAUCCAUUUGAUGAGCACCUUGAGGAGUACCUAGAGGGUGAUGAUGAGCAAGCUAAUGUUGAUUCUAUCGAUGAGCAGACUGAUGGUGGUUCCAUGGAUGUUGACCACGAGGAGGAGGAUAAUAAUAAAGAGAACGCGGAAGAUAAAAAGAAAACAUAUAAGCGGACACGAGGCAUAGUGCGAUUGACGAAGAUCAUAGCAGAUAAAAUUAAAGGAAUCAAACGCCAUUUGAGGUUCAAUAGCAGGGGGCAAUCGAUCGGGACCCCAAACAGAGAGCUUCAAUGUUAUUCAGGAAUGCAAGCCAAAAGUAUGGUGCCAAUUAACAUUGACAAUUGGCGCGAAGUUCCUAAAUCUAUAUUGGACAGCUUAUGGAAGGAUGUCAAUCUAGCUUUCCACCUAGAUGAGAAUAUGCGAAAAAAUAUUAUUGGCUCAGUGGGUAAUAAGUGGAGACAAUUCAAAUGUAAUUUGAACAAGAAGUUUAUAGUCCCUUACCUUAAUGACCCAUCUCUUUUGGAAGCAAACCCUCAUGGUCUCGAUAAACCUCCACCAAGCUAUCAUAUAGAAGAAACACAUUGGAAAGAAUUUGUCAAGAGAAGGACAUCCAAAGAGUUUCAAGAUUUUAGAAAAUUACAACAAGAAAGGCGUAAUAAUUUACAAUACCCUCAUAGGACUUCACGCCAUAGCUAUACUGAAUUGGAAGCUGAUUUAUGGGGCACAACAGAGCAAAUAGAUCGAUCUAUACUCUGGAAGGAGGCCAGAAAAGAUUCUUCUGGCAACUAUGUCACCGAGCGUGACAAGGUCAAGGGAGAGGCCAUUGAAGACAUGCUUGAGCAAAGAAAAGAGGGCAAACUGAUUGAAAUCGGAACAAAUGACAUCCUAACACAAGUGUUAGGUACUGCUGAGCACCCCGGUCGAGUUCGAGGCCAGAGUCGAGGUGUCACACAAAGAGACUACUUUCAUAAGCCUAUUGGGGGGGGGGGGGGGUCUAAGAGGCUUGCAGAAAAAACAAAUUGA